CAUUCUCAUUCAUCUCUGAUCUAACUUUGAACUUCUUCUUCUAUUGGAUCCCUAAAACAUUCAUCUCUCUGCAACUUUCAACUUCAACUUCAACGGCAAACAUACCUUGCUUUUAGAUCUCUCAUCAAUAUCAGAUUUAAAGAAAUCAAGGUUAAGAAAAUGCACACCUCAAGCCCACUAAAGAAAGAAUUUCUCAAGAAAUGGAUGGAGGGUCUUCAAAUAUGUUGUUCUUCAAAGAAGCAAAUGAAUGUCUUGGAGAGAAAGAAGAAAAUUAAGCUUUCUGCAGAUAUUGCCAUGGCUUCUGCUAAAAAGACACCAACGUCUUGGAGCAAUGCACUAAUUUCCUACGCCAGGAGAAACGAAGAAUACAUGAUUCUGACCGACCAGUUAUUAGGCCCUGAAUCACAGUUCAAUCUACAGAAGAGUACAGAUAGAAUGAUCGGUUUCCAUAAGAGGGUUCAAUGCAAGAAAAUCUUGAAAAGGAGGAAUACUUACAGUGCUGGUAAACGAACGAAGAAGAAGACGGGGCAUCCUCGAUUGAUUUCAGCUACUCUUAUUGCAAAAAGAUUGGUGAAGAAGAGGACUAAAGUGCUUAAAAGGCUUGUACCUGGUGGAGAAUCCAUGGAUGAAUUCUCCCUCAUCAAAGAAGCAUUGGACUACAUUCUUUCUCUUAAGGUACAAGUUGAUGUGAUGAGAAGCGUUGUUACUGCAACUGAGAUCUUGAGUAAUGAGAAGUCGCUGAAAUCUGUUGAAUAAAGAACUAAAACAUAGAACUUGAAAGAAAUCAUGUACAGGUAUUGCAGUUGCACGCAUGCACCACUAGUUUCUUUCUUUCUUUUUCAUUUAUUUUUCAUCGAUCGUGUAUCUAACACAUUUGUGCCAGCUAGCUAGUACAUUUGAUCUAUGCAAAUCCCCCCUUUAAUUUCAUAUGAAUAUGACAAAAAACUUGAUAGCAUGCACAUAUGGAAUUCUGACUUAAGAGA